AGGAGCGCACGGCGACACUGGGGGCGCCUGUCGACUAUGAAGUAGAACGCAGCUGGGCAUGUACUUCCUCAUGAUCAUGGACUUUUGCAGAACCAUCAUGAUCUUGGGGAAUGGAAUCCGGCCGACAUCUCGCUGUUCGUUCGCGUGGCUGCGCCGUACAAGGGCUCGAUGAAGAGCAUCGGCCUCCUCUUCGUGUGCGACCACAUUCUCAAUUACCUGAUGCUCUUCCGAGAGGGUACCACUCUCUUUGACGACGAGCAUUUCGACAGACUCGCUGUCUUCUUCUCCCGUUUCGGCGCGAUGUUUUACUCUCACAAAUCACCCGACGACACUACUGUCUACCAUCCGUCAAUCCUCCUCUCAUACGCGAAACUAGCCGAUAGCUUCGACGACCCUAUCGAAAACAUUUGGCAGGGUUUUGCCUGGCUUUCCAAGCUACGUCGCUGCUGCGCGCCGGAAUGCCCCGAGACGUUUGCCUCCUUCCAGCGAACGUUCCCUCGAUGCGCUGGCUGCGGCGUCCCGCGCUACUGCUCGCGCAAUUGCCAGAAACGCGCCUGGAAGCACAUCACAUUCCCGCACAAGGACGUUUGUGCGAAGCUGCGCACCCUCCGGGAGAGGACGAACCUCGGGCUGAAGGACCGCUUUCUGAGUGAAAGCGAGCGCCAGCCAUUCGUCGACGCAUGCAGAGCAGACAAAGAGCUCCCUGCGCUGGCUGAGGAGUGCGGGAGCCAUUUGUGGGAUAUGAUGAAGGGGCGUGAUGGCUCUGUGCCGGAGGCUUUUGGGGCGUUCCAGGCACGGCUGGCGACCAGAGGCGAUUCAACACUACUACGAAGUGACCCGUUCUCCCAUUCAAGUCAGCAUCGCGCGUGCACGGUGCCACUGAGGAUUGAUCGCUGGAGUAUUCCGGCGAUGUGUGUAUGUACCUUCCGUGUGUACUCACUAACUUUCGUUUGCUGACAGAUGAUCGUUUCUUGGAUUUGGCUUCACUCGCAGGUCCGAAGUUACGUGUCACCAUACUUACUCGCUCGAACUGUUUUCACGCAGUAGGUACUGUGGCUUAGGCUCGGGCUCGUAAAUCAUGAACUGUUGUUUUCUCCUGCUAGAAUUCGCCAGAUGGUAUACUUAGUAUCGCGGGGGAACGUCGCGUACAGUCACGGUCACCGACAAACAGAG